AUGUCGCAGCCUGUCGGGCCAGAUGCCGGCGGCGGCCUGCCGGCCGACGCCCCGGGCCCCGGGCUGCCGCGUGCCUUCUUCGACUCGGCCCGGUCGCUGUUGCUGACCAACGGCGGUCCGUCGGCUCGGGCCGGGGGUCCCGGGCCGGACUUGGUCAUGGGCGACAACGACGCGGCGUCCUUCCUGUCGGCCUCCUCGCACGCGGCCAGCAUCUUCUCCCUCGGCGACGGGGUCGCCCUGCCGGGGCUCUGCCACGGGGACAUCAUCGCCCUGCAUGUGGAUUCCGAUGUGACGCCCAUCACGCAGCACGCGUGGGGCAUGAUGAGCACGGUCGGCCUCAUCGACACGCGCUGCAUCGUCCAGCCCUCGCGCGCCAGCCCGGCCGAGCUCCGGGGCUCUGGUCCCCCGCUCCCCGGGUACUUCCGCGACUCGCUCUUCCGCGUGUGCCCGGUCAAGCGGUACUCCGCGCAGAAUCAAUACUCGACGGCCAAUGCCCGGCUCAACGCCGCGGCCGUGCCCACCGAGGCCGGGGACAUUUCCCAGCUGUCGGGCGGGUCGAACUUCUCCGACAUCGUGGUCAUGAAGAAGCUCCAGCACGCGGCCGAGCAGGAGCGUCGUCUAAAUGAGUCCGAGGAGUCCUCCUUCCUCGGCGCGCCGGUCGUCUACGGCCAGCAGCUCCAGCUGCGCCAUGUCAAGAGUCACAAGUAUCUGGCCGCCGAGCGACGCCUGCCGGCCCUGCUGGAGAAGAACUCCAUGCGCAUCACCUUCGAUGAGUUUGGCUCCGAGGGAUGCUGGUUCACCAUCAUGCCGGCCUUCAAGCUGCGCAGCCUCGGCGACCAGGUGAUGGUCGGCGACCAGGUGAUGCUGGUGUCCUCCAGCCUGGGAGCCGGGCUUGGUCUGCACUUUUCCCCCUGCCCCCUGCCCGACCAUCCGGACUCCUUUGAGGUGAAUGUGUCCACGCAGUUGACCCCCUGGACCAUUGGCCUGUACCGGUCGCACCACUCGGCUCCGAAUGCCGUGCUCAAGAGUGGCGACGUUGUGCGCUUCUACCAUGCGGAGCAGGAAAAGUUCCUCACCUGCGACCUGUAUGGCGACAUGCUGAGCGUCUUCCUCCGGUCCACCGGGCGCGCUCUCAAAACCGAGGCCACCUCCUCGCAGGCCCUCUGGCAGGUGGAGGUCAUCGGGGAUCCGGUGACGCAUCACGGCAUCGGCCGCUGGGGCAGCCUCUUUCGCUUCCGGCACCUGCCCUCCGGGGCGUACAUGGCCAUCGAUGUGGAUGCCGACACGCAAAUCGACGUGACCCGGCAGCGGCUGGACCCGGCGGCCGGGGUGGCUCGCCCGCCGCUGCAUCUGACCGUUUCGCGCAAUCCCAACGACGCCAACACCCUGUUCAUGAUGAUCCCCACCAAGGCCUCGGGCCCGGUGGGGGUGCCGCAGGACUCCUAUGUGCGCAUUAAGCACUUCAUGACCGGCACCUGGCUGCACAGCACCCGGCUGCACAUCGACCAGGCCAGCGGCAAGUCCGUGAUGCAGAAGCUGGGCGCGGCGCCGUUGCGCGACCCGCGCGAGGCCUUCGAGCUGAUCCCGGUCGAUGCCGGCGAAGUCCGGGACUUGGACCUGGCCCGCGAGUCGGGGGAAUUCCUGCGGGACUUUGCCCAGCGCUUUGUAGCCUCCAAUGUGUCCAUGUCGGAGAUCCGCCGGUGCAGCCAGAUCCUCCAGGACCUGAUCUUUUUCGUGCUGAGCGCCGACCCGGCCACCAGCAAUGCCCUGACGGUGGACGGGGCGCCGGACCGCAAUCGGCAGAAGCUCCUCCGCGAGCAGGAUGUCCUGGAUGGGCUGUUUGAAAUCCUGAAUGCGCCGUUCCUCAACCGGAAGCUGGCCCCGGGGUCCGAGCCGCCAUCCCCCUCGCGGCUGGCCCUCUCGCCGUUGGCCACCCUGUCCCUGGACUUCCUGCCGGUGCGGCUCAUCUGCCAGCUGUGCUACCGGCUGAUCCGCCAUGUGCAGAAGUCCUACCGCAAGAACCAGGAAUACAUCGCCGGGCGGUGGUUUGGCUUCAUGCAGGAGCAAAUCGGCCUCGGGAUCCUGGCCGAGGACACCAUCACCUCGCUGCUGCACAACAACCGCAAGCUCCUGGAGGCGACGCUCGGCCGGCCGGAGGUCCUGACCUUCAUCAGCCUGAUCCGGGUGAACCGCGAGGCCCAGGUACCGUGUCUGUCUGCCUGGCGCACGGGGCCCUUUCCGUGGCUCGCUUCUCUCUCGUUCUCUCGGGGCCUUGCCCGCCUGGGUGUGACGCAGAAGCUCAUUUGCGAGGCGGUUCUCGGUGAUGACAACGCCGACAUCCUCAUCCACCUGGAGCGCACGCCGCAUGGCGUGGAGCUCGCCUGGACCGCCAAGUUCGGGGCCGACUCGCUGGAGUCCCUGUCGGUGAACACCUCGCCGGAGCUGCUGGCCGCCACGGGACCGGGCGGGGGCCCGCUGGACCGGGCCCCCGGGGCCGGGGCCGGGGGCUUCUGCCCGUCGGACUUCGACCCGGAGGACAGCGCCCACCUGCUCCGGUACCUGGAGGCCCAGUUGGACCUCUUUUCGCAGAUGUCGGCCGAGCGUCAGUAUGCCGGGAUCGACAGCCUGCGCGAGCGGCUCCCCUUCGAGCUGGUGCUGGACUGCGCGUCGGACUCUCGGCUGCCGGACGAACUGCGUGCCUCCUUCGUCAAGUGCGUUUGCCUCCGGCCGUCGGUCUCCCGACGGCUGACCGGCGUUGCCGGGGGGCCGCUGUGCGAAUGCGCCGCCUCCCGGCGCGUGGUCAUCCCGGUGGGGUCCUCGCACCCGGGGCUGUCUGGCAUCGCGCUCUCGGUCAAGGCCCGGGUGCUGGAGAUCUUGGACUUCAUUUGCGACGUGCGCGUGGACUACCGGGUGUCGGUGUCCCUGUCGCAGUUCAAGUCCCAAGUGCUGGAGGCCUACCUGCCGGGGCGCGCGGUGCCGGCCUCGGCGGCGGCCGGGCCCGGGGCCAGCGGCUCGCGCUUUGCCUCCAUCCUGCCGGCCUCCCUGCGAGCCGGCAGCCGGGCCGCCGCUGUCACUGAUGGAAGUCCCCCCUCGCCGGCGGACGAGUCGGCCGGCAUCGCUCGAACGGCCUCCGCCGGCGAGCACCUCCCCCUGCUCCAUGGGUCCGAGUCGGGGCCCGGGCUGGUGGCUGCCCCGGGUGCCGGGGUCAAUGGGUCGGGCGCCGACUCGGGGCCGGCCCCGCCGGGCUGGUCCUCGCGGCGGCGCUUCCUGCCGCUCCUCCCGGCCAUGUCCACCGGCCCGGGCGACGGCCAGUCCGAUGGGCCGGAGGCCAUCCCCUUGGCCCCGCUCGCGGGGGGCAUCGCUGCCGGCCGGGAGGACGCCCCCCCCAGCCCCGGGGGUCUCCUCCAGGGGCCGGAGCUGUUCGGCGCCUCGGCCGACCGGUCGCUGGAGAUGCUGACCGAGGUGAUCUCGCGCGCGGCGGCGGCCGAAUCGGCGGCCCUGGCAGCGGCCGAGGCCAAGUCCGCCGGCGGGGCUGCCGGCACCGCGGCACCGGUCGCCCCACCGGCCGACCCGCUGGCCAAUGCCCCCGGCUGGAUGCAGUCCCGGCCGUCGGGGGCCGGUCGGUCGGGCGCCCCGCAGCGCCUGCCCUUCCGUGCCGGGCGUCGCGUGUCCCAGGAGGCGGACCCACAUGCUCCGGACAGGUUCAGCGCCCUGCAAAGCGCCGCCGCGGCCGGCGGCCCGUCGCAAUCCCUGAGCGCCCUGCGGAAUACCAUCUUCCAGUAUGCCAUCGGCGCGGAGGCCGGGCGGGGCGGGGCCCCCGAGGAGGAGGCCGGCACACGGCGCCGGCGUUCCGGAAGCCGGCGCUCGCGCGGCACCCUGCCCGCCCUGGAGUACUACGGCCUGGGGGAUGACCAGCUGGACCUGGACUCGACCCCGGGCGGGGUGGAGCUCCUGCGCAUCCUGGUGGACCUGCUGCAGUUUGUCGACCAUCCGGAGCUCACGUCGCUGGCCCUGCGCAUGCUCUUCCGGCACUUCCGCCAGCAUGCCGAGGUGGCGCACACCCUGGCCCAGGUGCAGCUGCUCAUCAGCGACCUGGACAUCCGGAAUUACCAUGAGAUCCACGACUCGAUUGACAUCCUGCGCCUGGCGGUCAAGGGCAAGGUGGCUCUCAUCUACGACCUGCAUAGCAUGGCCGCCUCGCGGUCGCCGCCGCCCAGCCCCCGGCUUGGGUCGCUCCCGUCGCCGGUGAGCGCCCCGCUGGCCAACCUCCGGGAUUUGUCCUACUCGAUGGCGGCCAUCUCCAUGCAGAAGAUCUGCGCGUCGAUGGCGGGCGGGCCGGCCACCGGGCCGGGGCUGGGCCCCGGCGGGCCGGCCUUGCACGAUGGGGCCGGGCUCCAGGCGUCGGCCUUCUCGCUGGGCGCGGCGUUGGCCCGGUCGCCCUCGGCCACGGAUCUGCUGGUGAAUGCGCUGGCCUGGUCGGCCGGCGGGCCGGCCGGGUCCGAGGCGCUGGUCCUUGGCCGGCGGGCCGGAUCCGCGUCGGGGCGCCUGCCGCCGAUGCACCACGGCCUGGCCAACAUCCUGCCGAUGCGGCACCCGCUGGUGGACCCGGAGUCCGUGCUGCCGGUGGUGGCCGCCUCGCGGGUGCUCUACAGCCGGGUGAACCGCGCGUCGCAGCGCCUGGGCCGGUACCUGGGCAUCCACGACCGGGUGCUGGACCUCCUGCGGCAUCUGUUUGUCCUGAGCCCCGGGGCUCGGGGGGGCGGCGGUGGCGGCGGCAAGGCCGGCAAGGCCGGCAGCAAGGCCAAGGCCAAGGCAGCGGCCGCGGCCGCGACGUCGGCGGUGCCCUCGACCGGGCUGCCGGGGUCCACCCCCCGGCCGCUGGCCCCCUCGACCGAGGGCUCCUUCGGGAAUGCCUACGAUCGGCUGGUGCUGGCGGCGCAGGUGCACAUCUUCCUGCAGGACUUCUGCCUGGGGAAUGCCCAAAACCAGAAGCUCCUGCUGCCGUAUGUGGAGGACCUGCUGCUGCCGGAGCUGCUGCACCAUGUGCGCAGCCGGUCGGUCGUGGCCGCGGCCCUGUCCGAGGAGGACCUGGAGCAGGCCGGGGUGGUGGGGCUGUCGGCCCUGGCCGGGCCACUUCCCCGGCAGGUGGACCUGGGCAGCAUGGCGGCCCUGGCGCCCGGCCCCGGGGGCGACGCCGAGGUCGCCGACCCCGCGUGGCCCCCGGUCGAGGCCCAUGGACGGCUGUUGGCCGGCGUGCCGGUGGCGCAGCUGUCGCUGCUGACCCUGGCCCGGGUGUUUGCCAAUAGCCCGGCCCUGUGCUCGGCCGUGUCGGAGCCGGCGCUGCUGUCGCUGUUGGGGCUGCUGCUGCCGGAGGCAUGGCCCAAGCUCGGCGUGGUGGCCGGUGCCGCCCGGUCGGCGGGGGAGCCCGCCCCGGCGGAGGGCCUGCUGCCGGUCAUGGCCGACCGGUCGAGCGUGGUGGCCCUGCUGCGGACGCUGGUCUCGACGGCCGGCACGCCCAUCCGCCGGAACCAGGACAUCGUCCUGGCGGCGCUGAACUCGUCCAUCCUGCCGGAGCUCCAGCAGGCCGGGCUGCUGCCGGCCGGCCUGGCGGCGCCCGGCCAGCUGACCGCCCCCGGCUUCGUGGAUCUGCCCUCGCUGGAGGGGGUCAUCCGGCUGGUGGAGCUCUCGCGCGAUGGGGACCCGGUGACGGCGCGCCUGGCGGCCGAGCGCCUGGCCCUGCACGUGUCGCUGGUGCACCUGCUGGCCGACUGCUCGACGGGCAAGAACACCUUUGCCCAGGUCCGCUGCCAGAGCAUCCUCGGCAUCGAGGAGCUGGUGAUGGUCCUCACGCAUCCGCUGGCCACGAUGCCGGUGAAGCACGCCUACGUGACCUUCCUGACGGCGGUCUACAUCAACUCGGACAUCGACACCAAGGAGUGGAUCGCCGGGCCGCUGCUGUGGAGCCUGCUGUCCAGCGUCACCGGGGAUCUGGCCGGGUGCAAUCGCGGCCGCUGGGCCGCGGCCGAGUUGACCUCCUACUGCUCGUCGUCCAUGAUGCACUGUCUGGGGGCGCUGUUUUGCUCGCCGGCCGGGGCGGCCGCCGGGCCGCCGCUGCACCACCAGAUCCAUGUGUUCCCCCACUCGGCGCAGCAUGCGGUCUUGCAGUCGCUCCUGUCCGGGCUCAUCGGGCUGACCGAGUGUGACUGGCUGUCGGUCAAGGCCCGCGUGGACCUGGAGGCCACCCUGCGCUUGGUGUAUGACUUCUUCACGGCCCGGCGCCUGUCGGUCAAGUCCGGCCUGCGCUCGGCCCUGCAGUUGGUCCUGUCGCACCGGGCGGCCCCGGGAGCGAGCGUGCGCCGGCGCCGGCUCAAGGAGCAGCGCCGGCCCCGGGCCCCGCGCGACACCACCCUCCUGGCCGCGGUGCGGGCCAUCAACCGGCACUUUGCGGCCUUCGUCCAGCACCAGAAUGCGGACCUGCAUCGGCCGCUGAUCGCCGCGCAGCAGGCCGUCCUGGUGGAGCUCUUCCACUCGCCGGCCUUCCUGGGGACCAGUCUCUUUAUCAUCGCCCACAUCCGGUCGGAUCAUGGGCAGCUGGUCCGGGCGGAUGUCCUGCGCGUGGUGCUGAAGCUGCUGGUGCCGCCGCGGCUGUGUGCCGUGGCCGCGGCGUACGCCUGCCGGCAGCUGGACCUGCUGUUCGGCUCGCGGGUGGGCGAUGGCCGCGGCUUGGAGGCCUUUGUCCCGGCGGCGGGCGGCGGGUCGCCGGUCCUCGGGUCGCCGGGGCCCGGGUCCUCGCCGACCGUGGCCGUGGACAUGUCGGCGCUGGGCCGGUCGGGCGGCCGGCGGUCGCGGCCGGCCGCCUCGCGCCCCGGCCCGGCGCAUGUCCUCAUGCAGCCGCUGAGCCUGACCCAAGUGCAAUUGGCGCUCAACCAUUGCGGCGUGCCGGGGCUCAUUGUGGACCUGGUGGCCGUGCAGGUGCGUCUCCGGCUGUCGCUCAAAUCCCCGGCCCUCACCUUCUGGGACAUUGCCCGGCUGGGCAUCGCCAUCCUGGAGGGGGGCAAUUCGGCGGUCCAGCAGGCCAUCUACCGGCGGCUGUCCGGGGACCUGCUGGAUGCGGCCGGCUCGGCCGGGGACUUCUUCCAGGUGCUCGGGGGGUUCAUGCGGGCGGCCAUCUUCGAUCUGGACCUGACCGGGGCCCGGUCCCUGCCGGCCGGGCCCGGGGGCGUGUCCCUGCCGGCCAGCGCGCCGGUCGGCCUGUCCCUCAGCAGCCUGUCCUCCCUGCGGUCCGGGGCGGUGUCCUUCUCGAUGUUGGAUUUGACCGAUGCCUCGCUGGCCGACUCGCCGGAUGCCGGGCUCUUGGCGGAUGCCGGGGCCGAUGGGGCGUCGGCCGGCGGGUCGGCCGGGGGUGCCGGCGGCCUGGCCGGUGCCCCGGGGGACCGGCGCACCGUCAGCGGCACGCGGUCCUCGGUGCCGGCCGAAACCCGCAACAUCGAGCUGGUGCUGCGCUUCCUGCAGCUCCUGUGCGAGAACCACACGCGGAACUUGCAGUGCCUGCUCCAGCGCUACGGCCUGGUCCGGCUGACGGCCGAUCUCUUCACCACCCUUUGCACCUACAGCACCGGGUCCUUCGGGGUGCUGGGGUUCAUCUCCAAUGACAGCCGGCUGGCCUUGGUCAACCAGGUGCUCAACACGCUGACCGAGUUCUGCCAGGGCCCGUGCCAGGAGAACCAGCUCACCAUCGCCACGUACGAUAGCCCCGCCUUUGAGAUCGCCAACAACAUCAUCACCAGCUGCCCGGAUGCCCUGCCGGCCGACCGGCAGGUGGCCCUGCUCCAGGUGAAGGCCAAUGUGCUGAACUUCCUGCUGUCGACCAUCGAGAGCCGCAAGACGGCCUUGGUGGCGGUCGGCGGCCCGGGCGGGGCACGCGGCGCCGGGAGCCCCACCAGCGCCGCUCCCCCGGCCCCGACCACGCUGGCCGAGCUGGCGGCCAUCUUCACCGGGGAGCUCUACUCCGAGGACCCGGUGGUCAGCAAGCUGCUGUUCUACAUCGACCUGCCGGCCUUCACCCGGACGCUGGGCGGGAUGUUCGAGCUGUACCAGCUGUGCACACGGCUGCUGGGGUCGGCCCUGUUGCAUGCCGGCGGGCAGGCCCUGUCGGGCGAGGAUGCGCCCAAGUCCGGGGCCCAGCCGGCCGCCGGGGGCUCCUCCUCCUGCUCCUCCUCCUCCUCCCCCCUGGGGGACAAGGCCACCGGCGACAAGUCCGGUCCCGAUGGCAAGCCCACCGACAAGAUGGAUGACGAGGCCCACGGGGCCGGGUCCUCCUCGGCGCGCAUCAUGUCCCAGCGCCUGCAGCAGCUGCAGCAAUCGUCGUCCGCCAACUUGAUGGUGCAUGCGGAUGAUCUGGAGCUUCCGGCCCAGCCGGCCUCGGCGUCGGAGAUCUCCGCCCUGGCCGGGAUGCUGGGGCUGGGGGCCGAAUCGCGCGAGUCGCGGCUGCUGUCCUCGGCCUCGGCCGAUCUGAUCCGGGCCAUCCAGCUGAACAGCCGCCAGGCCGCGCACCUGGUCUUCCUGCUGCUCUGCCAUUUGCAGCCCGGCACGCCCGGCCGGCUGCCGCUGGCGGCGUCGCUGGCCGAUGCGGCGGAUGCCGGGGCCGGGGCCCGGCCGCUGGCCGACCUCUCAGCCAGCGAGUACUUCGCGCGGAACACCGGAUCCAUCGAGAUCGUGGUGCACAACGAGCUGGAGCGCGUGUACUUCCCCAUCCCGCCGGUGUGCCGGUUCAUCACCGAGGAGUCGCGGCUGCAUGUGCUGAACAAGACCGAGCGCGAUGAGCAGGGCAGCAAGGUGCCGGACUUCUACCGGCAAAUUGACACCCUGUACCAUGAGAUGCUGUGGCAGAACCAGCUCCGGAAGAGCCCGGUGCUGUUUGGCUUCGCGCGGAACUUCGUCAACUGGAAGCACAUUGCCUUCGGCCUGGCGGUGGUCAUCAACCUGCUGCUGGCCUCCUUCUACCCGAUUGAUGCCCUGUCGCCGGGGGUCGGAACGGCGGCCUGGUGGCUGCUGACCGUCCUGGGCGGGGUGCAAAUCCUGAAUGCGGCCAUCGUGCUGGUCAGCUACCUGAUCAAUUACGGCGCGCUGCUCAUGCGGCAGGGGCGCCUCUUCCGGAAUCUGCUGCUCGGCUACCACUUCUUCUAUUUGCUGCUGUGUGUGCUGGGCUUCACGGUGCAUCCCUUCUUCUAUGGGCCGCUGCUGUUUGACAUUGUCGUGCGCGAUGAGACCCUGCGGAAUGUCAUCCGCUCGGUCACGCGCAACGGCCGGUCCAUCCUGAUGACGGCCUUCUUCGGGCUGAUCAUCGUGUACAUGUUCUCCCUGGUGGCGUUUGUCGGCUUGCGCGAUGACUUUGUCAUUGAGCUCAGCGAGCAGGAUGAAGAGCGCUCAUGCGACACGCUGGUUGCCUGUCUGCUGACCUCGCUCAAUCACGGCCUGCGCAAUGGCGGCGGCAUUGGCGAUGCGAUCCAGCCGAACUCCCUGCAGAGCAGCUCCUUCCCCUACCGGUUCCUCUUUGACAUGCUCUUCUUCUUCGUGGUGAUCAUCAUCGUGCUGAACCUCAUCUUUGGUGUGAUCAUCGACACCUUCGCGGACCUGCGUUCGGAGAAGAAUGAGCAGGAGGAGAUCCGUCGGAAUACCUGCUUCAUUUGCGGGCUUUCACGCAACAGCUUCGAGAACCGGUCUCUCACCUUCGAGGCGCACACCCUGCAGGACCACAACCUGUGGAACUACCUGUACUUUGUGGUUCACCUGUGGACCAAGGACUCCACCGAGUACACCGGCCCGGAGAGCUAUGUCUUCGAGCGCCUGCAGCACUCGGCCAAGGGCGGCGGGGCCGAUGCCCAGGGGCGCCACCACCUGGACUGGGUGCCCCGGCUGCGGACCAUCGCCCUGGAGGAGGAUGGCAGCCCGGGCUCCGGGGGGGGUGGGGCGUCGGCGGCGGCGGCGGCCGCGGCGGCGGCCGUGGCCGCGGCCAACGGCGAGGACGGCGGCCCGGCCGGCUCCGGGGACCCGGACGCCGGGGACCCGGCCGGCUCCGCCGGUGGCCCGGACGACGCGUCGACGCACCAGAUGGCCAGCGCGGCCUUCCGCAUGUCGAUGCAGAUCGGCACGUCGCUGCGGCAUCUGCAGGACGUGGUCAGCAGCGUGGCCGCCCACACGCACUCCCUCCGGCACCAGGACCUGGAUCGGCAGCGGGACCGCCUGCGCCGGCAGAUGCGUCUGUCCGGCGGCGGGGGGGGCCCCGGCGCGGGGCCGGCGGCAGAUGCCGGCGUCCCCCGACCUGCAUGGUAG